UACUCCUCUGAUAGGGUUUUUCGUUGGUGAACGGUCAUGGGGAUCUGCGAGAGUGUAUGGCGCUCGCGCGUUUGCCGGCUCUCUCGCUUGCUCGCCACUCGUACACCCGCCGACCAUAAGUUAGCCUGUGUGUUCGUGAUGGGUUCGGGUCCGGUGGUAACCGGACUACGACAUUCAUACACGAACGAGAGAUCGUGCGUGACUGGUCGGUCGGUCGGUUUAUAGCGGGGAGUGUCUGUCCAUGGUUUAUACGUGUGAGUGCUCCCUAACCUGCUCGUACGUAUUGCUACGGUGACGUGUUAGUCGGGCGUGCACGUGCGCUACCGCGAACGCGUCUCUUUCCCUCUAGCGUCUAUAUACAUGGUGUUUGUAUGUGUGUGUUGUGUGUGCCACGCUCCCGAGCCAGGAGACAACGAAACAAUGGAACGUCGUCUCGGAGGCGAGUAGCGAGGCGAGCGGGCGGAUCGUACUUGCUUGGCUUGCUCAUUCGUCUCGUCCCGUAUACAUCCCACUAAAAGCGUGCACGAACGGGCACCGCGGGAUUUCUGAAGACGGUUUUCAGGCUCCCGGGCUCUUCGAGAGAACCGCUUGCUCGUGACUGCCCCCUGGCGUACUUGUUUCUCAGUAGAGGCCGGGCCGCGGCCAAGGAGCAACGCUUUGUGUGUUGGACUGGAAAAAGGGAGGCUCGGGGGAAGUCGGUGGAUCCGCGACGAGUCGCCUCUCCUACACUUACGCAUGGUCUCGUCGACACUUGUGACACCGUGUAUUUUCCGAUCUUCUGUUCGCACGUCGGUUCUCCUCGCGACUCGGGGAAUAGUGUUAAGAUCACGGACGAUAAUUCGCGAUCGAUACUGGAUCGUCCGUACACGAAGUGCACCAACCCGGUAAGACGAAUAUUCACUGGAUCGAUUUUCCUGUGAAAUCGAUAUCGCUUAUCGAUCCUCCCUGGACGACGAAUCUCGUGAGACGCCGGUUCCAACGAACGUACAAUCAUCGGUCUUGUGCUUGUCACCGGUGACCAGGGACUGUCUAGUUUAACGCUGGAACUACCAGGCGGGUCGAAACGACCGAUUCCUAACCGGUUUCGUCACGAUUACGAAGGUACGAAUUCUUUGGAGAAUGAUUAACGUUGAUUUAGUAAUGAACUGAAAUAUAUGCCAAUUGAUAUCUGAAUAAAUCCACGUUUGUAGUUUUCACGAAGAAACGUUGAUAACUCGGUUCAAGUGCACGGUAGUUCUAGUGUUAACGAACACGUCGGCCCAUAGAGUCUAAGGCCCACGAAACCAGGAUAAACUAAGAAUAGGAUCGGCAGGACGGUACGGCAACAGGAGUGGGGAGUGGGGGUGGGUCGAAAGUGCCUAGGGCCUGUGAACGUCGUGAUGCGGCCCUGCCGGUGGUCGGUUUUCCCGUGGAUCGGGGGCCCGUUGAACGCGGAGUGAUCCCAUCGAUCUCCGCGCGAAUAAGUGAAUCAAGUGUUACCGAAAGUGUCGUCUGUGGUUAAGAAAUCCGUGCGCGGCCGACGCGCUUUCCUUCUCGGCCCGUGUGUCGUCGUACCCGCGGUCACUCUCGCUCCUUUUAUCUCGCAUUCCCUACGAAUCGUCCUGUCCCUUUUCUCGCUUGCCGAUCCACUCUCUUUCUCCUCGGCCAUCUCUCUUUCUUCGCUUUUACCCAGUCUAUACCCCUCUCCUUCUCUUUCUCUCGCUUUCUCUCCGUCCCUGUCUCUCCCUGUCUUGUUCUUCGCUCCGCUCCUCGGUCGACCGGUCUCUCAAAGGGGGCGUGCUUGGCCACAUUCAACAAUGAGCGAACGCAAAACUAUCUAAGCACGAGGCGCGAACGAAUGGUUCCUUGUGUUUUCUGGCUGUGUGUGGCCCGAUCCGAGUUGUGUUUACGCCGCCGUGAAACGCGAGGCGCGACCCGUUUUUUCCGACGAUUUCGAAUGGAUUUACAACGGCUCGCGACUUAACCGCAGAGGAUCUUCCUGGUCUCGAGUGUACUGCGCAGAGUUCGAGAGGAUUGGAGAAACAAUGAGAAAGAAGCGCAUCGUUGGAUAGCAGAACGAUGCAUCAUGGCCUCGUCUUUAGGAGGACCAGGAAUGGCGUCAGGUGUUCCGACACCGCGAAGAGUCAACCUGGAGUUUCCACCCCCUCCGCCUUAUCCACCACCUCACAGUCAGAUGCCAUGCGCGGGGCUGGACCCUGCAUCGGUCGCGUCGGCCAUGGCGAGCUCGUCUCACCAGCAUCCCCUGCAGGAUUAUUCGUACGCUUACUACAACCCGGGUCCGAGCCGAUUGCACGGUACAUAUCCGGCGGAAGUUGGCCUGGGCUGUGUCCAGCCGCAACAACAGCAACCGCUGCGCCCGGAACCGUUCAAGAGGCACACGUACAUGACCCGAUACGGGACGGAGGAGAACAUCUACGAGGAGAUCUCGGAGAUAAAACAAUGUCACCGAGCGCUGCACGGAUCGAGGAGGUCCCUGGUGGCGGAGGAGGUUCGUCGUGUCCAGUCGCGGCACCGUCGUGUGCUCGGGGAAUUGAACCUGAGCGUGGAGGCGAUGCUGAUGCCGACCGUGGCCGAUAACAACAACGAGGACGAGCCGCAGGAUCAACGGGAAGCGUCCACCGAGGAGCUGUUAUCUUCGGUCAGUCCCACCGACGACCUCCUUUCGCCUGUCGGCUGUGACAUGGACAGUGGCUUCAGCGGAAGCUCCAGUGCAAGUUACAGGUCGGGACUGGGAUCCUUGAGGCGAGGAAUGGGCAAAACCAGCACGCCUGAAUUAGCCGGCGGUCAGCGUAAAACGAAGGCCGCCAUGAUCUGGAAAAAGGGUUGGAAAGGUUGGAAAAAACUGCAUUCUUUCGGCAGCAACAGCAACAAGACCGAUGAACCACGUUCAAGGUGUAGAUCAUGGGAUGACGUAGGACCGACGAAAAUGGAAACUGUCGGGCAAACGCACAGACAGCACCACCCUACCUUGAAGGCGACUAGGUCCAACACUUCGACACAGUCGGCCAGAAGCGAGGACUCGUGGUGCUCGGCGUCUGAUCAUGACCUCUCCUCGGACGACGAGAGCGAGAAAAGCAAUAUCAGUAUUAAAAGUAACUGCCAGUUAAGGAGCACGUUGCACAAAGCAAGGACACUCUGCGACAAGUGGAGGUCGCAGAAUAUGCGAGUGAACAACACUGACCCAUUGGACUCGCCUGGGAACCACGGAAGACUGUCAAGAUGGUUCAGCAUCCGACGAGGAUCCACGCAGCAGUACGAUGUCGAUUCGUCGGACACGGUGUCUCUCACGAGCCCAAUCAAGACUCCUCAGAUGCCGCAGCUCUGCGAAGUCGAAGAGGAGAACAGCGCUAUGGUGCAAUUCCAGUGCAUGCAACAACGUCGUCAAACGCCACCAGCCCUUCCGCCGACACCUCCGAAUUUAACUCCGCAGCAACUGAAGCGUCGGCAUAUAGUGGCCGCCAUAGUGCACUCGGAGAACGGUUACGUGUCGACGUUGCAGAGGCUAGUGAAUGAUUACAAAAAACCAUUGGAGGAAUCCUCGCCGCCUAUAUUAAGCCAGGCAAAAAUAGCGACGUUGUUUCAUAGAUUGCCGGAGAUUUUGCAGUGUCACACGUUAUUCAGAAUCGCGCUCGCGGAAUGCGUCCGCUCAUGGGACAAAGAUGAGAAGCUGGGCGACGUGUUCGUCGCCAGUUUCAGUAAAGCAAUCGUAUUAGACAUUUACAGCGGCUUCAUAAACAAUUUCUCGGUUGCCAUGGACUUGGCUAAACAGGAGUCGAAACGGAAGACUGCGCUCGCUGACUUCUUUAAGGUCAAACAAAUAAGUGCACAUGACAGAUUGUCCUUCUUUGGAUUAAUGGUGAAACCUGUGCAGAGGUUUCCGCAAUUUAUAUUAUUCCUACAGGAUUUAUUGAAACACACACCGCAAGGACACCACGACAGAAUGUCGUUGCAGUUAGCGUUAACUCAACUGGAAAGCUUAGCAGAGAUGUUGAAUGAAAGGAAACGUGAAGCGGAACAGUUCCAAGCGUUCAAAGAAAUGUUGCGACACGUCUCCGGGAAAUUGUCUCAUCGUCCUCUAUCAUCAUCGUCCAGGUACCUUAUAAGGGAAGAUGACGUCACACAAUUGGAAUUCAAUCAAAAUGGUAUGAUCACGAAAUCUAAAAGACGAAGGUUGUUGUUAUUGAAUGACCUCGUGGUGUGCGUUUCGGUAACACCGCGAUCUGCAGAGGACUUUAGCGGAAGCGAAAGACUCACUUUAAAAUGGACGUAUCCUGUGUCAGAUAUUGAGAUUCAGGAUACAAGUACUUCGCCAACAUUAAGUCGUCUGUUGACCGCUGGUCUGAACAAAGGCGGCAGCCUGAAGUCUGACAAGAGUGGAGAAUGUGGACAAGCAGGUGCAGAUAAUCUUUGUGUAGAAAUGAACGACCUCAUGCACGAUUACGAAGUGAUGUCCAGGAUAAGUGAUCUAGUUGCACAACUGAAGGGUAAAUAUGAGGGGAUGACGUUAGAGAAAACCAAACAAAUUCUCCAAUCCAUACAACUUUCAAUACAACAGAAGGACGAGGACAUGGUUUGGGCCGAUAGCUGUUGCUUACAAUUGGUGACAAAGCAAGGACAAAUGUACACUUUCCAAACUGAAAAUCCCCUAGUAAAGAAAGACUGGAUAACUGAGCUUAGGCUAGCUCAAUUGGCAUUGGAUCCAAAUAAUUCUCCUUCUUGGGAAGUACCUGAACAAGAACAAAGGCCUUCAACGAAGAUGCCAUUGUUUGUUAGUUCCCAGCAGGUGUACCACUCGCAACAUCAGACAGAAGUACGUUGCGGCUGUUACUACACCACACAAAAUCCACGACCCACGAGGCGCCGUGGCAGAAAUCAAAGCUACCUAUGGAUCUGCACCGGAGAUGGUAUAUCCAGUCACGUGACAAUAUUCGGUCAGUCCACAACAGCUUCCGCAACAUCCUUGAAACAAAUAACAUCGUUCGACUUGGUAGAAACCAGAGUGGCUGCGGUGGAAUUCGUAAAAGGUGUCUCGUCCGAGUCAUUAUCACUGGCGAAUGAUCUCGUAUGGAUGGGCACGGAUUCCCGGAAGAUUAUCAUCUACGCUGCUUCGGAGCCGGAGAAACAAGAAGAACUAGGCAAUUAUUCCGUAUCGGGGCCGGUGAUACAGAUCAAGUAUCACUGCGACAAUGUUUUCGUCGCGCUGGGCAUUGGUCUGCUCCUUCUGUUCAGAAGACAACUGGACGGCACAUGGAAUCUCAGAGAUCCACAAGUGAUAUCCUUGGGUAGUGAACCUGUGUCCUGUUUAAUGCCGAUCAACGCAUCCGUUUACGCGGCUUGCGGUAAAAAGGUUUGGGUACUUAACGGAGUCACCGGUGACAUCACGAAAAGCUUCAGCGCUCAGCACGAACAUGUUGGCAACGUGAAACUGAUGGCGCAUUCCGGUGUAGGCCUCUGGGUCGCCUUGAAGAACUCGAGUACCGUGUGCUUGUACCAUACGGAAACAUUCAAGCACCUACAAGACAUCAACAUAGCGUCGAACGUUCUAAGGGUAACCAGAUCGAAUAACACCUCAAACUCUUGUGGCGAUAAUCUGAACAAUAAUCAAACCACGGUCACAGUGACAGCGCUGUUGGCAUGUAAGGGACUCCUCUGGGUUGGCACAAACGUGGGUAUUAGCCUGACGAUUCCUCUCCCACGCUUGGAGGGGGUGCCCAUUAUCAGCGGUCGCGUCAACAUAUCUUAUCACGCGCACUUCGGCCCUAUAACCUUCUUAUUGGCUAUCCAGAAUCAUAAGAAUACCAUAAACUGUGCGAACGACGACAUCACGGAUGAGGAAACCGUACAGUUGCGGAAUAAGGAAACCGAGAACCGCAGCAGCAGAGACAGGGCAAGCUUAGAUUCCUCCAUGUCGAACAGCAUCGUGAAAUUGAAGCAACAGCUGGCGAGUAGCCCAGUAAUGUUGAGACGGAAACGAAGCAAGGAGUACGAGUAUAGAGGUUCGAAAACGCUUCCGAGGGGACUAGGUUCCGGUGGAGGAUUUCUGUCCAGCUCGAUGUCUGGGUCACAGAGUUCCGGCGAGAACUGUGACGUUUACGGCUUGUACGGUGAACUGAUGUACGUUAAGGAUUACGAGAAUGAAAACAGCUCUGGCAUCGAUCCAAUAUACGAGUCCUUGAGGCGAAGCGAUCCAGAACUGGCAGCCAUACCAAAUAAAGUUAGUACCUUAGACCGUAGACUGAAAAUGAAGAUCACCAGGCCUAGAUCGUUGGACCUAUCCAACUGGUCAGUGGACUCGCACGCCAGUUCUCUUUACACGUCUUCCGGCUCAGAGGAGAACCUAUCCUUGAAGACUGGCAAACUGUCGCGCAACAGUAGCACAGCCAGUCGAAACGGACCGUACGAAACAGCCACACCGAAUAGCAGCAUAGGACAAUCGGUGGCAGAAACAAUACCAUCUAACAAUAUAAAGUCUAACGGGAAGAAGAUAAACAAAACUUUGCAACAGAUAGAACAACCAAAACGGACUGUUCUGACGUUGAUGGGCGGCAGAGGUUACAUCAAUUGGAGGCAGCUCAACGCUCAGCCUGUUGUCGACAAAGGCUCCAAGUCUGGUUACACGUUCAAGGAUCCUAACAGUAACGACGCCCACAUCGUGCUAUGGGAGAUGAAGUUAUGAUACUCAGUUACGCUAGGCCUACCGUUACGGCUGCGUCAGUAUGGAUAGAAAUAUGCUAUUUGAAAAGUCGGUAACGAUAACGUUCGUCGACAAUUAGGACCAAAAAUACUGUUGAACUGAUAUAUAUCUCAUUUUAAGUAAUAAGGUUACUCGGUAGGGAUUUGUUAAUCACGUAGCGCGAUUUUAAGUCAGGUGUUCAUUGAGAAUUGUUUUCACACUACAAUGAAAGAUAGGUAUAUACUGAGUCGCGAAUAUAAUGUCCUUACCGU